GAAACUGAGUAGCUGAUAACGUUAGGUCAGCAUGAGGAAAAGUAGCUCGCUGAUUAAUGACGAAGUUUGCCAACAAUUAGCGGUUUAUAUUCGACUGAAGGACUUGUAAUAACCUUGGCGUGGAGUUUGGUGUUUAAUGUUUUGGUGUUUUCAUAUCUUGUGCAAUAGAUGCACCCUCUGAGGUUGUUUGAAGUUGUGUUGAUAUCUGAGCUCACAUGGACGUUUUGAAGCCUCGAAACCUUUAUCGAAACCGAAUAGUCUAAUAUAGACUGUUCUUGAGAUAUAUCUGGUGCGGUAUUCACCAACAAGGACUAAACUUUAUCAACGGGAAAUUAUUCGCUUGGCAGUUCGUAUACCGAUUCUUUCCAUAGCCAUAAUCUGCCCAGGCGUCAUGGUGUUACUCGCAAAAACCUUCUGGGCAGUACUUAUUCUAAUUGAAGUGAAUAACGCACUUAAAAUCCAUGAAGAAUGUAAAGAAGGCGUUGAAAAAUGCCCAGACAGAUCCAGCUGUACGUGGAUUGGUUGUUUAGGGCGAAGGUGCUCAUGCAACGACGCAUUGUUACCAAACGACAACAAAACGUCGUGCGUUGACGUUGUUCCACUUGAAAGCACGUGUAACACUUCAACAGCCUGUGACGGUGGACCAUUCAGCCAAUGCGAUUAUUCGAGAACUGUUCCCAUGUGUGUUUGUCUUUUUGGAUACAUUAUAUCCAAUGACAAGACAAUGUGUAUACCGAUAUUACAAGGCAACACAACUGCUGUAGGAAUCAAUGGCAGUUGCCAAACCGACCCUCGUUUAACAUGUGUCUAUGAUCUGCAAUGCAUCAGCGGUACAUGCCAGUGUGGUAACGGAACACGGUUAGCUAAUGUUACAGAACUUCGGGCAGUCCCAAAAUCAACUGAGUUAUGCAGACCUACUUCAUUUCAACUCGGUAAACUUGUAGACCUGUCAAGUAAGGAGUGCAAAAAAGCCCAAACUGAAACUAAUACCACGGAAGCAAUCGCAUCUUCAACAACCACAACGUCGACAACUACAUCAACAACCACACCUACGCCAACAACUACAUCAACAACCACACCUACGCCAACAACUACAUCAACAACCACAACUACGAAAACAACAACAUCAACAACCACACCAACGCCAACAACAACAUCAACAACUACACCUACGACAACAACAACAUCAACAACCACAUCUACGCAAACAACUACAUCAACAACCACACCUUCGCCAACAACUACAUCAACAACCACACCUACACCAACAACUACAUCAACAACAACACCUACGCCAACAACAACAACAACAACAACCACACCUACGCCAACAACAACAUCAACAACCACACCUACGCAAAAAACAACAACAUCAACAACCACACCUACACCACCAACAACAACAUCAACAACCACACCUACACCUACACCAACAACAUCAACAACCACACCUACGCCAACAACUACAUCAACAACAACACCUACGCCAACAACACCAUCAACAACCACACCUAUUCCAACAACAACAUCAACAACCACACCUAAGCCAACAACAACAUCAACAACCACACAUACGCCAACAAAUAUAUCUACAACAACUUCUACGCAUACAACUUCAACAACAUAUGCAGAAACCACAACGUCGACAACUACAUCAACAACCACAUCUACGCCAACAAUUACAUCUACAGAUACAGAUACAACAACAACUACCGUUUGCGAAUGCGCUGAAAACAAAGAGUGCGAAAUUGACACAUGCAGAGAAAAACAAUGUCGUUGUGUUCUUGGUUAUGCAGAGAGUCCGGACGGAAAAACAUGCAAUAAAUUGGCCACGCUGGGAGAGACGUGUUCUAACCAAACCAUAUGCCAAGGCUUCAACACGCGAUGUACAGACAGUGGCGUCUGCGACUGUGCAGACGGGUUCGAGCGCAGCGACAACGGAAGGUGGUGUCGUCUGCAAUCGAAAUUCGGCAUCGAUUUCCCGCUUCUUGGAGAGAAAUGCAAUGGCGGAUUUUUCCAGGACUGCUACAUGUUCUUUGAGCAAACGUGUAUUCAGGGCAAGUGCAGGUGCAAGGGUAGUUUAAGAGAUGCCAGUCCUGAGGAUAUCAAUGCGACGUUUCCGGAUGAAAUCCAGUGCGUGGAAGAAUCUUUCAAACAAGGUCACCGCAAGCCCCAGCCAUGUACAAACGGAACAGGCAGACGAUCGCCUAUAGACACAAAAAUGGCCUACGAACGAGCGAAAUCAAAGAUAAAAAGGAUACAAGACAUCAUCAUCGGUAGCUGUGUGGGCAGCGUGGCAUUACUAGGCAUCAUCAUCGGUAUCGUUGCGCUCAUCCGCUGGAAAAGGAGGGGUCGGGAGAACUUCAUGGACACUUCGUCGACGGCCUCGACUGACGGACAGGCCUCAAGAUAUUCUUUCAAAAUCCCUAGACCAUUUGCUCAAUCCAUUGGUGCAAAGGAAUAUGAUUCCACCCAUAUCAACUACCCAAAUCCCAUUUUCGCGCAUCAUCCUGACGUUGACGUCUCCAGUCAGCCACAACCCGACUUUGCCGUCGUAAAUCGACAGCGUGACGUUGACGUCGACAGUGAAACACUCGCCGACAAGGAUCAUUACAGUGAAAUCAGUGAUUUAGUUAAGAAAACACCAGAUGACGCAGACAGUGUAGAAACACUAGAGAGCACCCCAGGGAGCUCGGCGGUGUACGCCACAGUUAUUAAACGCGAUGAAAAUAUCCUAUAAUACGUAAUAAAUAUUAUUUGAUUAAGGUGUAUAUAUUACUAUGUAGCAAGGUAUGUUAUCUAAUUUUAACUAUAAACCUCUUUGUCACUGUUUUGAUAGUUCAUGUUUCAGUUAAUUAUCAGAAACAGCAAAUACAUUCCUUUGUACACAAUAUGAUCAAGUAUACAUAAAAAUGACGACUUAAACGAAAUACUUAACAGAACUGAUUUUACGUUAAUAGAUAACUAAUAGAAUAUGAGCCGCUGUCUGUGAAAAGGGCGUUUAAUGCAUGUGCGUAAAGUGGCGUCCCAGAUUAGCCUGUUCAGUCCGCACAGGCUAAUCAGGGACGACCCUUUCCGCCUACACUUGAUUUUUGCUAACAAGAGACUGUCUUUAAACAAAUAAAUAUCAUUAAAGCAGAUAGUGUCGUCCCUUAUUAGCGGUGCGGACUACACAGGUUAAUUUGGGACGACACUUAACGCUCAUGCAUUAAACCCCCAUUUCACAGAGCAGCGAAUAUGUAAAUACAUAAUUGUUUGAUAACGUUAGAGCUAUCAUAAAGCAACACAAUAACUAACUAGCAAUGCUAUGAUUUCCGUUUUUAAAUUGCAUUGUACAUAAAUAUAUACAUAUUUGUCUAGUGUAAGUACAGUACAUAAUAGGUGAACUUGUAGACAGUGUAAAACUUAUUUUUUCAUUAAAACUGAUUUCUUAUAUAUCUAUAUCGCGUAUAUAAAAAUAAAAAUAUAUAAUCUGAUUCAACCAUGUAAGUCCUACACAAUUUACAUCUCUUGUUUUCUCUAGCAGUACUAUUAUAACUUCCGGUUUCAAUACCUAAUGAAUUAGCACAGAGUCAAAAUCUUGUCAGAGCUUCUAUUUGGCAACCGUUAUCAACGUAUGCGGUAUAUAUUUGAAAGUUAUAAUAUUGUUACAAUUCUACAUAAUAAUCUUAUUCUUUUUGCGAAUUAAUGAACAAUGAUAUCAGAACCUUUACUCGACUUAUGUAUUACUGUUCGAGGUUCGGAUUAUUGUCUGAUAUUAUUAAUGUUUUCAUGGCAUAUAUAACUAAAGCUGAAUUGUCAAUUAUGUCUUUCAUAGCUUGUGUCCAACAUAAUUUACGAUAAGUGUUACCAAAUGUAUUAUAUGUGAUAUUUUUAUUGUACAUAUAUCGUAUUAGUGAGUUGUUUUUAAUUUUACAUCUAACAAUAAUUUAAUAAAAGGUUGUCUCCUUA